CUACCUCCUCCGGCGGCAAGCGCGAAGUGAACACCGACCUUGUCGCGACUCGGAAGCGCCGGAGAAUCUCGCUGCAAGGGAUUCGGCCUCCAAGGGUGGAAGCGAAGAUGCCUCUGAAAAAAACUUCUACAGAACAAGUGGCGUCGUCUUCUAGUGCAGCUUCCUCGGCCGCAGUAAAAACGGAACAGAGUACGUCAAUCUUCAGCACGACGCAUAAUGUGAAGACGAAGCUGUCCUCCUCCGUGUCCGUCGAAGUAGAGAACCUCGAAGGUGGAGCAAAUCAAACUGCGAAAAAGCAGGGAAAAGUGCGUACUGGUUCUGAACAAGCAGAUGACGAUGAGUCCUUAUCACAAGCAAAAGUGUAG